UGCAUGGUGAGCAAAGAGGCGAUCACAAGGCAACCGUCGCGGGUCUCAUGUGGUCUGUGCGCCAGGCGAGAGGCCGCCCACUUGCACUCCACUCUCACGCAGCCAGCUGCAUGCAUUCGUAUCAAUGACCUCCUUCACACACACUCUAUUCCCCGGCCGCCUAGGAUUCCAUGUCGACAGCCUUGGUCACCUUCUCGUCCCGGCCGCCCACCACUAGGCAGAUGCCCCCGAGCAGGAUGCGCUACGCUAUCAAUUUGCGGGAAUGCCAGGCGAAGAAGGUCUGACGCCUCGUUCUUAUACUUUUUCUGUUCCAUAAUCGCCAGAGCCUCACUCACAUCUCACGGCUACGACUCUUGUUCGGGUCCUCCUGCGUGCUGCCUGGCUGGCUGA